AACAACUAGUGUCAACUGCUACCUUCUCUCUUCUUCUUCUUCUUCCAUCUCACACUCUUCAUUACUAUUUUUCUCUGCAAAUGUCACUCCACAACCACAAAACCUCACAGAAGAACUUUCUAGAAAUCACCCACAGUCUCCGAUAAAACACAAACAACCACAAUGGGAAAAGCUUCUAAGUGGUUUCGCGGUCUUUUCGCCCUCAAGAAGUCUUCCACCGACUCUUCUUCCGCCAAACCGCCCAAGGAGAAGCGGCGAUGGAGCUUCGUCAAGUCCUACAGAGAAAAAGACCAAACUACCCUCCACAACCACCACCACCCCGACGCCGGAGAUCAACCUCAUACCACCAGAGGAGCCGCCUCCUACAACCAACUUCCCGACGUUUCCGGUGAGGACUUCUCCGGCAACCAAGACAAGCACGCCAUCGCCGUCGCCGCCGCGACCGCCGCAGUAGCAGAAGCAGCCGUGGCGGCGGCUCAGGCUGCUGCCGCCGUGGUACGGCUAACCAGGGGCGGCGCCAAGAACCCCGCGGCGUACGUUAGAGGAAGCGGCGCCGGGAUUCGUGAGGAGUGGGCUGCCGUUAAGAUACAAUCAGCAUUCCGAGGCUGCUUGGCAAGAAGAGCGUUGAGAGCUUUAAAGGGAUUGGUGAAAUUACAAGCAUUGGUAAGAGGUCACAUCGAAAGGAAGCGGACGGCGGAGUGGCUGCAUCGCAUGCAAGCUUUGAUGCAAGCACAGGCACGAGCCAUCGGCGGACGAUCCCAACUUUCCGAAUUUCAGCACUCAAAUAGCAAGUCUUCAAAUUUCCAUCAUCCUGGACCGGCAACUCCUGAAAAGUUUGAACAUGUUAUCAGGAGCAAGAGCAGAAAACAUGACCAACCAUCACUGCUUAGGAAAAGUAGCUCCAAGUCGAACAGCAGGACAAUCAGUGAUCAUGACAAGACUUAUUCCGGUGGGAGUCGAUCAGAGAGUCAAUUGGAUGAAAGAUCAGGGAACCUAAGGAGUUCUUCGGUAAGGAACACCGCGACAGAUGAUGAAAAGAGCGACAGAAUUCUCGAAAUCGAUACUGGGAAACCCCACAUCACACCCAAGAGGAGAAACCUCUUUCACUCCUCCGACCAAUGCAGCCAUAGCUUUACUACCUCAAAGGACUCCACAACACACUACACACUUCCCAGCCCUUCCUCUUACGAAGUUCAAUCCUUAACCCCGCUGAAACUCUCGAACAACGACGUUGAGGAGGCCUCUUUCUGCACGGCCAACAACAGCCCGCAGUUCUACUCUGCCUCGUCGAAGGGUGCUAGCUCGAGGAGAAGUCCUUUCACUCCCUCAAAGAGUGAUGGCUCAAGAAGCUUCUUGAGUGGCUAUUCAGAUUACCCGAACUACAUGGCGUGCACCGAAUCUUCAAAGGCGAAACUGAGGUCUCUCAGCGCCCCGAAGCAGAGGCCUCAGUACGAGAGGUCGAGUUCAAUGAAGAGGUACUCGAUUCACGGCGUUGGUGAAUCAAGACAGAGUGGGCAGAGGUUCUCUACAUUGCAUGCCAAUUUUAUGAACAAAGCCUAUCCGGGUUCCGGUCGCUUGGACAAGCUUGGAAUGCCUAUUGGUUACAGAUACUGAGAUGUUUUCUUCCCUCUAAUUUGACUAACUAAUUAUGCGCUCGAUCGAGUUUUUUAGUUGCCAUUGGUAUGAAUCUUAGAUGUUAUA